AUGGCUACAGAGCCAACAACACCAACCGCGGGCCUUCCCAACCUUACAGAAAGGAAAUCCAGCACUGGGUCGAUUAGCAUCGAUGAGAAAGACCCUCAGGUUUACGAGGCUUCAGACAAGGAAAGUGGCUCCGAGGUUGCUCGCGACCUCGAAAUCGAUGUUCGGCAGCUCGAGCGUCUGUCCCAGCUCGCCGAACAGAUCUCGGAUGAAGAGGCUGAAGCUAUCAUGCGAGAGGUGUUUGAAGAACACAGACAUGAUCCCUCUUAUCCGAACACUGUCCUCGAAGUCGCCAAACGAUUCUUUGAGGACCCAGGCUUGAAGAGUGACACCGUCCUUUACCAGAGAGCCCUAAAGGAGCUCAAGAUGGAGGCAGCGCUCAUCAUCCACGACUCUCCAUAUGUUGAAGUCCGUGCAGUAGUCUCCUCCGAAGAUGAUCCCUCCACUCCAUGCAGCACCGUCCGAGCUUGGACAAUUGGUCUGCUCUUUGCAUGUGCCGGUGCCUUGAUCAACCAAUUAUUUUCUCUUCGCUAUCCAAGAAUCGAGAUCGAUGAGAUCGUUGCCCAACUAUUGGCUUAUCCUGCUGGCACUGCGUGGGCGCGCUGGGUUCCCGAUAGGUCAAUCAACCUCUUUGGGUAUACUUUGGCUCUAAAUCCUGGGCCAUUCAAUAGGAAGGAGCACAUGCUUAUCACUAUCAUGGCUAACGUUUCGUUCGGUGUCGGGUACUCUGCUUAUGUUAUUGUCGUCCAACGUGUUCCGACCUUCUUUAACCAAGAAUGGGCCAAGCAGUUUGGGUACCAAAUCUCGCUGUCUUUAUCCUUCCAAUUGAUGGGGUACGGGUUAGCCGGCUUGUCUCGUCGGUUCUUAGUAUAUCCCGCCGCGGCGAUCUGGCCUCGGAACCUAGCCUCGAUCGCGCUAAACAACAGUUUUCACGCAAACGAGAAUCCUAUUGUCAACGGCUGGAAGAUUAGCCAGAUGCGGUUCUUCUUAUAUGCGUUCGGGGGUAUGUUCGUAUACUUCUGGUUCCCUAAUUAUAUUAUUGGUGCGAUGUCCUACUUUUCUUGGAUUGCCUGGAUCAAGCCCGAAAGCGCUAUCCUGGCUGCAGUUGCGGGCACAAACACUGGGCUCGGUCUUAACCCGCUCCCAACCUUUGACUGGAACGUGGUCGAAGCAUCUAUUCAACCUCUGAUUUCACCUUUCUUCGCGACCUUCAAUAAUUUUAUUGGGAUGCUUACUACAUUCCCAAUUGUUCUCUCAAUUUGGCUUACUAACACUUGGUAUACUGGACAUCUCCCUAUCAACAGUAACCGGCCCUUUGAUAGGUUUGGUCACCAAUACAAGGUGACUGAGGUUGUAGACGAUAACGGGUUCUACGACCAGGCGGCAUACGAAGCAUACAGCCCUCUCUAUCUUUCCGCGGGCCAAGCAUUCCUUUACGGUUCGUUCUUCGCGGUCUACCCAGCAACUUUGGUCUAUGCUUUUUUAUAUCACCGCCAUGAGAUUGUCCGCGGGUUUAAGAGUUUGAUCAGACGGAAGGACCCUCGCCACGACAACAAAGAUGUGCACAACCGAUUGAUGGCUGCUUACCCCGAGGCGCCUGAAUGGUGGUAUGCAUCAAUACUACUCCUCGCCAUUGGUCUUGGUCUGAUUGCAAUCCUCUGUUACCCCACUCACACAACCGUCGGCGCACUCUUUAUGGGUCUCGCACUUGCACUGAUCUUCGUGGUACCAAUUGGUGUCAUCUUCGCUGUCACGAAUCAGGAAGUUACUCUCAAUGUCUUGGCAGAGUUUAUUGGUGGAGUGCUUUUCCCUGGAAAUGCUCUGGCAAUGAAUAUGUUCAAGUCGUAUGGAUAUGUUGUAACUGCUCGUACGCUGAGAUUUGCACAUUACACCAAAAUCAACCCUAGAGUUUUGUUCAUUGGUCAGACAAUUGCUACAAUUGUAUCGACAUUAGUAGCCAUGUCCAUCAUGAACUGGCAAGUAAACUCCAUUAGGGGCGUUUGCACGCCUCAAGCCCAAGCUAAAUUCACAUGUCCUGGUACAUCUACAUUCUUCACUGCAAGCGUUAUUUGGGGUACCCUAGGCCAAUCAAGAUCCAAGCGUUUCCCAAACAACAAAGUUAUUCGCGGCAUCCACGCCCCUAUCUUCUUGGCUGGAGGAUUGAACUGGGCUCCUUAUAAUUUAUCGCAUACAUGGCCAGCCGUUGUGGUCGGAUACAUCUUCCAAGUGUAUAUUCGCAAACGCUAUAUUGGCUGGUGGCAGAAGUACAAUUACGUGCUUACAUCCGCCCUGACUUGCGGUGUUGCUAUUGCAGCAAUAGUGACAUUCUUCGCGCUCCAAUGGGCUGGUAUCGAAAUUACUGGCGUGGAAACUCUAUCGUCAACGAGGGCUGCGAUGGAAAAGGAUGUCCACUCCUCCCUUGCCAGAGAAGGGAUACUGGGGACCUGGCCCGGAGAGUUCCACUAG